CGCAAUCGAAUGGAAACUCCCGCCUAUAAAUUUGAACCACAGGACUAUGAGCGAGUCUACGAACCCGCGGAGGACUCGUUCCUUUUGCUUGAUGCCCUGGAAGACGAGUUGACGGAAUUAAGGGCACGUAAACCGCUGUUUUGCGUUGAAAUCGGUCCCGGAAGUGGAAUACUCAUUACGGCGCUCAGUAAAUGCUUCCCGGCCGGAUCCUGCCACUGCAUUGGUGUCGAUAUUAAUCCUGAUGCUUGCCGGAUGACGUGCAAAACGGCGCAACUGAACCGGACCUCCCUGGACGUGGUAAACAUGAAUCUGCUCGAUGGAGUGCGCUCCGGAAGCAUUGAUUUGCUCGUGUUUAAUCCACCCUACGUUCCAACGGGUUCGACAGCCAGCUCUCUCGAGGAACACAUUGAAGAAUUCCGAUCUCCUGAUAGCCAAAGGUUGGUGCAUUCGUGGGCCGGUGGAACAGAUGGACGAGCUGUCACCGAUUUGGUCCUUGCCGAUCUAAACCGCAUCCUGUCGGCUGAUGGAGUGUUCUAUUUGCUGCUGCUGAAAGAAAACAAACCGAAUGAGGUGUUGGAACGAGUACACAGUGAUGGCUUUCAAGGAUGUAUUCUCAAGGAACGAAGGAUUCGUGGAGAACACCUUUACGUGUUGCGAAUCCAACGAAUAAACUGUCCGUCUCAAUCGGAUCGACGGUAGCAAUUAUCGGACGACUGUGAUAAGAGAUGCUGAA